ACCGUUGUUUGAUUGGUCAAGUUGUGACAAUAUUUUUAUUGAGAAAUUGACGUUGCUUUGCUAAUUUCACGAGCAAAUUUUACGGAGCGAACCUGAAGUCGCUUGAUGAUGGAAAAUGCCGACUGAAAUCCCUGUUGUCUGGCGUAUUUUUACGCUGCCAGGCCUAGGAGGAAAUCGGUAGAUGCGGUCGCUAAAGUUGUGGUUAGUUUUGCUGGUUUAAAGAUGCAUUUUUAUCUUUACCAUUACAGGUUAAUUUGGAGAUCAUUUGUGGAAAGUUUUGCGGAUGACCAUGGUUUCAUUCUGCUUCACAAAUCAAUUUUCUCUUCCGAAGGUUGUUUAAAUCCUUUUGAUUAUACGACCUGUUUUGAUGCAAAGAAUUAAUUUCUCAGAUAUAGUGUUGGUUUUACGUUUGAUAGCAACUUAAAAUUUUGAUAUGACGCAGAAAUGUGAAUCGAUCCGUCGAUCGGUCGGCAAGCUCAGUUAAACCACAACAAUUAGGCAAGAAUAUUAAACACAGGGAAGCUACACUUUUAGAACUUUCAUAACAUAGAUUAAACGCACGAUCGUCUUUAAAGGGUCACUGCAGUGUAUACUUAGAGGUGAAAUCGUUUGCAUUUGGUUAACAACAGACAGAAAUCGACCUAGAGGUCAUUUCCUGUCGAUUUUGACGUAUUUCCUUUCGACGAAUCGAGUUGAAAGUUUUUGUACAAUACCCGUAGAACGGCGAGUUUAUCAUAGCUGUACUCAACUCACGUACCUGUAUAUUCGGUGAGUCUUUAAAUUCUAGUGAGCUUUUCAAAUUCCUUGCGAUCUUUCGGCGAAACAAGAUCUUAGUUAGAGUUUGGUCGCGAGAGGUAAUAGAGUAAGUCUUAUGAUAGCUGUGUCGACGUGUCUUUGGUCCGUUUGUUUAGCCAGUCGGAUAAAAAUUUAAUUAGGAAAGUUUGCUGAACUUCCCAGUUUCCUAACGGUGGAUAAUCUACGCAUGAUCAUCGCAGAAAUUUUGAAAUGUUGUUCUUUAUAAAGACUAGUAAUUUGAAUGUUUAUGUUGUCGAGCAAGUGGAAGCCUUCCGUAGAGCGAUCAUAUUUUGUGUAUGAUUAUAACAUCAACAGGUUUUUGGUUUCGUGACCAUGGCAAAAGAAACCCCAGGACUCUACUAAACUCAAAAUGCCUGUGGAGGAGAAGAGAGACAAGGCACAGACAUCUACAGUGAAUAGGUAAGUUGUCCAAACUCGUUUCAAAAAAUUUUUACCUCGAUUUCAAGUACUUGGGUUUUUCGGGUCAUGUCAAACUCACUACUUGCCGGAAUGUUUACGGUUUUCAUACGGUUUACUUGACCAUAUCUGUGUCAUUUUGAAAAUUUGAGAAGGAACUCGUUUUUAUUCAGGAGUUGUCAAGGGAAAGACUAUUAUGUAAACUACAACAUCAUUAAUCACAUCUUAUUUUGCUCAAGGGUAUUUACUAAUUUUGCGAACGUGCAGUUCCAGUUGUCGUUUUCGUUUGCGCUUGAUUGGCGCUAAUUUGCAUUUAUUUCCCAAAAGCGCCUCGAGAAGCAUUUAAGUGAGAAUUACUGUGUAAUAUGUUUCUGCAUGAAAAAAAAAACCUGUUCGCAAUAUCAUGGGUAAUCCUCUUCCUGAAUACGAAAACGUAGACUUACAAAAUAAUAUUUGAUAUAUUGGAUGUAUCAGCUAGAUACCUCAGUUAUCCAUUAAGCAAAGUUUUUCUAUAUACUUCGUUAAGUGGUUUUCAAUCAUAUCGAUCUGUCGGGGCUCUUGUAAUGAAAGUUUAGAGCUUCCUUUUUUUUUCUGUUUGUCUGAGUAUUUCAAACAGUUUUAUUUUAUCUAUGAAGUAUUGUGUAAAGAGACUGUAUCUGAGAAUAAUAACCGGUGAACAGUGAAUUUAACUUGAAUACCAAAUAGAAUCAUUUGGUGUGUAACCGCAAAAUCUUUUCUCUUCGUAUUUAAAUAGGACGCAAAUUCGCUGACGAGAUUCGUGAAUUUUAAUUCUUCGUAUGUGGUCGGGUUUUUUAAGAAAACUGAACAAAGAUGUUAUUAAUAUUUCUCUGUGGGAAAGCUGCAAGGGGCUGAUGUGAUUGAACUUUGUUCUUCCUUCGUUAAUUUCCGACACAUCCACAAUUCAGCACAACAGUACUUGAAUCUCUUUCCGUUGAAGGAAAUCAUGGAGAUACAAUAACUUUAGAACCUCCUGGUAGCUUUUGUGACUCCAACUGAAAUAUAAACACAUCCCUAAGAAUGUUUUGCUCUCAAAAUAGUUAAAUGGCAAUCUUGAAAGAUGCCUUUAAAACCCUUUUACAUAAAAGCAUUAAAGUUUAGCCCCUAACUUCACGGGUGGAGUGAUAUUCGGUAUGAUAAACAUACUUCAAAUUUUUACCUGGAGCUUAAAGGUUAGGAAAAUUUGGAUUAAUCCCAUUUUUCUUCAAUUUGAUGAUUGAAUACGCUAAAAUGAACUGGGAAAAUUUUCCCAAAUAGUUAUUUGAAUGGAGAAAUAUAGAGAUCUGGAUUAAAAUUGACCCUGGGUUGGUGCUAAUCAGCCUUCGAACAACUGGGCCCUGUACAUAUAUGUUACUAUAGACUAAGUUUUUUUUAAAUUUUGUGCAUGAGUACCUUCAUCAUGCAUAAGAUUAGCAAGUGAUGUGUACCCUAGAAAGACACUUUUGUAGGAUCAAAAAGAUAAUCACCCUUGAAAGACACUUCUAACCAAUGGGUAGAUUUUCUGAAGAAUUGUGUCUGUAAGAUGAGUAGUAACCCAGAUAAAUGUAAAACCCCUUCCUGGCACUCUUGUUUUUGCAAGAAAUGUCAAGUACAUUAUGUCAAAUGUCUUUCAGCAGAGUGAGAGUUUUAUUUUGCUUGUUAAUGUCCAAAUUGAGAUCUAGCGGCUACGCUAUAAGGUAUUUAGUUGAUAACUUUAACAAAAAAAAUAACAAAUCUUUGUCUCUCUUUUCAUUUCAGGGAGAAUGAAGAAAAAGAUUUAUCCAGAUUGUUAGACCUGCUAAACACCCCAGCCAGCAAACAACAGGUAUAUAAUGUUGUACAUACUAUAUUUCCUCAAACAAAAAAAUCAUUCUCCAACUAUUACACUACCUUUUCUAUUGAUUAAGUGCCCCCUAUUUUGAUCCAAAUUUUGGAUAGGUAAUUGAAGGUUUAUUUUAAAAAAUGUGGUACAAACUUCAUCAUCAUCAUCAUCAUCAUCAUCAUUUAUUUGCCAUUUUAAUAUUACAAAAAAAUUUUCCCCAGCAUUAUAGUUUGCAGGAGGUGAGGUGACCCAGGAAGCCACUGGGCCUAUGGGAGAGGACACCUCACUCAACAUAUCUAAAAAGAAUAUAUGCUGCAAAUGUGUGGCUUGGCCAUUUCAGUGAUUAUUUAAGCAAAACUCUGGCAUUUUCGUCUUAAAGCUAAGAAGAUUUGACAAAUUGAGUGACUGAAACGGGAAGAGAGUUCAAAAUUUUAGAACCUUGGUAGAGAAUUGUAAAUUGCUAAAGAUUUGUACAACAAAAGUGGGUUUGAUAAUUGCUGGCUGCUCUGGAACCAUAGCAGUGAAUUUGGCUAUUUUGUUACAAAAAGAUUAAGAAGUAAUAAAGCAUGAAUUUGGUGAUUUCAAAUGGAUUGAUUUGGAGAGUAUGUAAAAUUCCUAGUUUGGAGAAUAAAGGAAUGGAACGAACUUGAUAGUUUAAAUUUGGUGAUAGCCCACAUAGCUUGCCUUCAAUUUUGAGAUGCCCAAUAGGAAAAGUUCUCAUUUCAGGCCCUUCAUUGGAACUUAUUGAACUUGUAUUUUGACCCUUUACUUUUAAGCUUCCUUCCAUCUCUUGGAUCCCAGAUGAAAAUCAGAACACCACAGGUAAUCCAUGGGCUGGGCAGGCAAAUGGAGUGUUACCCCAUCAACACCAGUCAACGGAAGCUCUUGCUUUGGAGAAAUUCAGGUAUAUAUAAAUUGGGAUAACUUGGUUUUUUCAACUGAGUUGACAAUGUAAAUUGGCCACAAUAAAGAGUUUCUGAGGUGAAUUUUUAAGCCGUAGCUCUUUGUCAGAGCAGUGGUCAUACAUCAUCAACUCAGUUGUUAAAACCAAAUUAUCAUCCCAUACUCCCCCACUGAUGCAGCACUUCAGUUUCUUUAGGAACUUAUCCCCUUUAUAUAUAAAUUGGUUUUUUGGUUGAAUGACUUCUGAAAUUUGAGUUUUCUGGUAUUUACUUGGAAUGCAUUUAUGGUUUGCCUUUAACAACUUUUGACUUUCAAAUGACAUUUAUUUUCAAGUGACUCUUCAUUCUAAACAUUUACCACGUAAAUAGUUUGAAAUUUCUACUGCUUUUCUAUAGAUAACACUUAUCAGCUAAUGAUUCUUACCUUGCAAUUAGUUAAAAAUAGAAUCCAAACAAAAGAAUAAUACGCAGUUCUGUUACUCACAGUAAUGCAUCAUUUGAUCUGAAAUGAAAUUAUUCAAGAAUGACAUGAAUUAAAACAAGAAAAAGCGGAAUUCAUGCUUGUGACAGUCAAAUGUUAUAAAACAUGUGUUUUGUGAAACAAACUUAACUAUAGAUGUUUAAGACUUGGUUGGGAACAAAAUCAAAGGCUUACUAAUGAUAUUAAGGUAUUUAAUGUUAGUUACUUAGUAAUACCAUCUAUAUAAUCUUAUCUUUACUAAGCCACUCUUUUAAAUAAAAAUGUUACUGGUAAUGUUGUGGUUCUCUUUUGGUGUGCUGGUGAAUGCAGGCAGUGUUCCUGCUUUUGGUAAAACUUGCUGCUGAUAAUUUACAGUUGUAUGCAAGAAAAUUUAUUUCUUUUUGUGACAAGAUUCUCCAUUUAAUCAACAGCUCCAGGUACCAGGGAGUCAGGAAUUUCAGUUCACAUGCCCUCAGCAGUUACUUCAGCCAGGUCAGUUAAGAACUUGGAGCUCAAUAGAAGAGUAUUAUCUAUAGCUUACAGCACUGUUAUAAGUAUGAUGCAUUUCUAUGUAUAGCAUGCAGUUAUCUGGUUUACAUAUGAUAUAAACCCACCCACUCUUUCACUUUGGACAUGAAUAUCCUAUUCAGAGAUAUAACUGGCAAUCUCAAGGCAGCUUUUGCAUGCCAGCUUGGUUGUCAGUAUAAUAUUAGAUCUAAUUGACAAAUGAAGAGAAAUGAAAAUGAAGGUACUGUGCCUCCUGGUUCAGUCUUAGAUGGUAGUGUGUUUGAAAAGAGGUGUUGUUGGAACUCAUGGGUAUUUCCUUGCAAAUGUUGGGAAUGCCUUUGAUUAUAUUCUGGCAUUUGAGGAUAUCAUGGGGGCAUCAAGAAUUAUGUAAAAACCCCAUGACUUCUGUUUACUCAAAAAGCGGCAAGUGUAAAGGAUUUUUAUAGGUUGCUAAAUGGUGGUUUUCAUCUAUGUGAGGAUAGUUUUUGCAGAAAGACAAGUUCUUAUUGAGGGCAAACAUGACAUGUUUGUGGUCUUUCUCUUUAGAUUUUCACAGCCCUUGUAAAGCAGCGAGUAUGCUACCUGUGAGUAUCAGUGUUAUAGUGAACAGUAUAGACCUUUUUCAAAAUGGUGGGCAUGAUUAUUAGUCUUUGAUGCACAUGCAAAUCAACCUUCCUGGCCUCACAUUAGCAUGAAAAUUAUUGCGUUUUUCAAACAUGUUGUCAAGGCCAAAAAGGCUAAUUUUAAAGGCUAAAUUACCUGGAAUUUACAAGUCCUAGAGAAUAACAGUUAGGUACACCAUUUAUUAAAGGGGCUUAUGGUCUAUAUUUAGCAUCAUACUUGUAUAAAAUGAAAGACAAGUGGGACAGAUUUAAACUUGCAGUCUUCACAAGAUUGAAGGGACAAUUUUUGAAGAGUUGUUAGAAAAUUAACUUACAACGAAAUGUUUUUAUUUGACAUCAGUCUAUUUUUAGAUAUUAUUUAUUUGCAAUCCAUUACUAGGCAUGCAAAUAAUUAGCUGAUUACGGAAUUUGUUGUUUUAAUUUGUCUUUUUUUUUUCUGUCUCAAUUAGGGAGUGGAUUGAACGAGUUCCUCCAGAAAAUAUUCUGAGAGUGCUAAUAUGCCUCAGAAUGCUUAUGAGGGACCACACAUUUCAGGUGAUUACAACUGAACAAAGAUUUACUGCAUGGUCAAACUUAAAAUAAAACCAAAAAAAAAAUUUGGUGUCUUAGGUCUGGUUUUUUGUGUUGUACGUUGGAAGCCUUUGAACAAAGCACCAGUAUUGUUGAACCUUAAAACAAAUUGUGGUCUCAAGUUAGGGGCUCUACAUUUGGAAUUUCAUGCUUUGUCUUUUAACAAAGUCUAAUAAUAAACUUUGGAGUUUAGCUGCAGAAUUUAGAAUUUUUAAGAAUUUUCAUGUCUCAUGUUUUGAUUAGGUUUUGGUUGUUAGGUCUUACCUUUCAGAGUUCAUACUUGAGUUUUAUUUCGACCUGUUAUGCGGGGGGAUACCAAGGCCUAAUGGUCAGUUAAUGUAGGUUGUGCUCAGGGUGGUGAGGUCUUAGCUACUACCAGACUUAAACUUACUGCACAUGUACAUAUUUACAAGAACAGUGCCCUAGUGUUUUUUAUUCAUGAUGUAAAAAAAAUGCAAUGAUAAAAUAUGAAUGUUUUUUUCAUGAAUUGGGAAUUAAUAAUUUUCCCUUUUUACAGGUUGAAUUUUUCAAUCUAGGUGGUGUGAAAGUCCUUGCAGAGGUUUGUUUGUUUUUAGUGCUUAUUAUGAACUCAACAAGUAUAAUUUACCAACAGCAACACAAUAAUAAUAUUAGUUGAUUUAUUUCUGAAUAUGAACCAAGGGUGACCUCUUAGUAUUUCACUGUAUAACUUGUUCCAGGGGGUGAUAGACUGCAGCCAUUUGAAAACAAAUUAGAGCAUACAGUUGUAUGCUCAAUCAUACAAUAGGAUGGCCUGUUAUCAAAACCAGUUUGAAGAGAAAAAUCCAACAUUUUCUUGGAUAUUAGGUUGGCAGUUACUGAUUAUGCACAAGGAAAGGAACUUGGGUCGCAGAAGAUGGACAAACUGUACAAGCUUAUUUGUAUAUUUACGUGAAGAAUGACUGGGAAAAAAUGUGACUAGUUUACUGGAAAAAAAAUUCAGCCUCUCAUUAUUAACAGACUUAGAUUGGUCUGUCAUUAUUAUCGAAUAUAUCAUGUACCCACUGUAGUGUUCUCCUUCCUCCAUUGUGUACUUGAUGAAAUAUCUUUCUGUGAAGUUUUGUUGCAAUGUUGUUCUAGAUCCAAUUGUCUGGAGUUUUUUUGGACACAAAUGAUAAUUUCUCUCCUGUUUGUUAUCAGAGGCUACAACUAUUGACUGAAAGUUAUCUUGAGAAUGGAGAAGAGCCAUUUACUGUUGACAUUCUGAAAGAAAUGACAAGUAAGGAUCUUACCAUGAACAUUUAGUGAUAAUUUCUCUGUACUGAUAUGGCUUUGGUUCUUGUUUGUCAUCGUGUUGUAAGACUUGAUGUGUGUGGUGUAGAUGUGCCUCCAUGCACUGGGAGUAAAAACUGGUACUGGCAAAUGGUCUGAGAACCCUGAAAAAAUGCUGAGGGAAUGUGGAGUGGAACUAGUAUCACAUCCUGCAAGUACAUGUUCCUGUAGUCACCUCAUGCUGAAGAAACUGGGAUAUGCUCUUGCAUCAAAGCUAAUGAGUCUUCUUAUGCUUAUAAAUGUGAUACCUUUUUUUUCAGACAUUUGUCAGAAACUUGCUGCAGAUGUUAAACAGAGGGAGUGGCUUGUGGCAUGUUGCACUCAUAAGGUACAUGUGUAUGUAAUACUCUACAAGAGUUUUUUUCAAGUCUGGCAACAACCAUCAGUUUAGAACAAGGAAAUAGGAAAGUUAUGGCAAACAAAAGAGACAGCAAUUUUCAUAGGAAUCUAAAAGAGGACUCUCUUCAAUCCAUGCUUGCCCCCUAGAACUGCUUGCAAAUUCACCUUUGCCUUUUGCUUUGUCCAGGGCACCAAUGAGUUCACCUUUCCACAUUACUCCUACCUCCAUCAGAGGUGUCUCAUCAUUUUAUUUAUGAACAUGAUAGUGUCGAAAAGGUACAUAUAUGUACAUUGAGUUAGUAUGUGUAACAUGUGUUGUACCCAAAUGACAUGUACAUGCUCUACCUUGUAUUUCCAGGCUCUUGUUCUUCUGUUAUCUGCUAGUGAUGUGAUGGUUCUUCAUUGUUCCUUGUAUGCCCUGAUUGGCUUGGCUCAAAGGUCAGCUUUAUGUAGAGAUCAGUUUAACAUAUCUUAUAUGCCAUUCAUGUAGUUAUGAAAUAAUGCAAUUAGGCUUGUUAAACAUUUUAAAUUUAUUUGAUGCAUCAUUCAUGACCAUAUUACACAUGUACAAACUUUAAAGUGCAAAAUUGUGCGGGGAGGCAAGUUGCUUUGACUAGUAAUGUCAGACAGUGAUGCAUGACCAUCAAUGUUGUGUUAUGCUUUGUUACAUGGUAUCCUCAGUUUCCACAGUUACAUUUUUUUUGUUUUUGUAUUUUGUAAAUAGUGAGAGACCACGAGCUCUGAUUGGCGAAUUGAAUUGCACAGAGAUUCUAUUAAGAAUAUUACAGGAAUAUGACAUCCUUUCCAAAACGUAAGUUAUAUGUAUGUGAUAAGAGGGUUUUCAAUCCCUCUCGACAUUCCUUAUGUCUAUUUUCAGUCUUAUGAUAGGUCUUUUGGUCAUAUGAUUUAUUUAUUUCUUUCUUUUAAGUGUUUCCUUGUUAAGAUUGGACUCUUAUUUACUUAUCUAUGCUUUCUUAUUUGCCCUAUGUGUUAUUUUGAUGAACAUUGGAUUCCACAACUCUCAUAUUUUCUUUCGCAUCAAUGUUUUUAUUAGUCUGGCAGCUGGUCUUCUGAGAAUAUUGUGUGCUGACAGCAGUAUCAGAGAGCAGGUUAAGGUCUUUGAUGGAAUCCCAAUUUGUCUGAGGUGAGAGAUGCUUCCUUUUAAGUAUGUUACCCUUCAUCAAGUUGGAGUUCAAUCUUUAAAACAGUUAUCUUCUAGAAGUACAUGUUUGUUGUGUAUCAUCAAAAGAAACAUUGGGAAGGCUUCUUUAGGCUUUGUCCACAUGCACCUGGAUAGUUUUUAGACUGACUCAAGCUUCAGCCCACCCCUAAACUGUAUAUUCCAGCUGUAAAAACAGACAGAGUUGAUUACCUAUCUUGUAAGGGCAGACAAAAAUGGAGGUUUUUUAAUAGUAGAGGUGAUGUUCUUGUCUGAAGUACCAGAUUAUCUCAACAUAAUCAUGCACAAUGUACAAUUUUACAGUCUAUCAACAGUAUUUUCAUGUUUUCUUCAGCUUACUACACUGUGACAAUCUCAAACUUCUGUGGAACGUGGUUAGUAUAUAGAGGCCAGUCCAUUGAUGAUUCCACUAAUUUUUGCUUUCAGUGACAUGUGCAUUGUCAGAUUGCACUUACAUGUAUCUUAUGCUAUUGUUUUUGGUUUACUUAUUGUAAGGUAUGGAUUAUUGUACAACUGGCUGAAGAUAGUGACUCUAGCAAUGACAUCAGAGUUCUUGGUGGAAUUCCUUUACUUCUGGCACUCCUUCAGUAAGCAAGAUUCAAUAUUAAUUACGGUAUCCUUACUGUCUCCCAUGUAUUUGUGAAUUUGGUGUUAAGACAAACAAAAUAUUGCUUGUUCAUAGUUCUUUAAAAAUUCUCAUGCCUUCUCUUAUUGAUAAUGUAAUGAUCUUUUAUCUAGAGGAAUAACAUAUUUAUCACCCCUGUUAGUGAAAGUGUUAAUGUUCCACAAGCUCUUUUGUUUAUUUUUAAUGGAAAACAGUAUUUAUCACCUGGGCCAGGCUGUACAAAACCUGAUUCCUACACCUUUGUAAGAGUUUGAAACUAAGUCUGUUACCACAAAGGGUCAAAGGCAUAUCAAUACAUUAAUAUGAUCUUGAAUUUCCUCUAAGGGACCCUGGUGGCGUAAGGGAUAAACAGUUAUCUGUUGCAACCCUCUGACAGCCAGUAGAAUACUCCAUGCGCUCUGUUGCAUGUAUUGAGAACUUUUUCUAUGCUAGGCCAAUGGCUAUAUUGUGACAAACAUAACCUGUCACACUGCGUAGUCUGCUUGCUAAUAAAUCAGCCACUUCAGAGUCUUUAGAGUGAAAAAAAAUAGGAACAGUUCUUAAUUACUUUGUCUGUUUUUGCAGAGAUCGGAAGCCGGAGUCAAGUGCUGAAGUAUUAUAUCUGGGCUCUGAUACAAGUUCAAAAGCAUCAAUCAGUGCAGAGGUAAACUGCAGCAUGUAUAUGUAACAUAAGGGAUCUUGAUUACAUGUGCACAGUGCAGGUCAAAUAAAAUGUUUAAGCAUGAAUGAUUCUGUUUUAACCUGAACAUACUUGUACACUGUAGGCUUGUAAAAGACAAAUAUUAGUGUAAAUUUGUGCAUUGUCAUGGUCACAUAAAAAAUGCAAUUCUUUUAAGGUCAAAUUAUAACAAGUAACUUAUUUAGUAGUUUUGAUGCCAAUGAACGAAAUGUCAUUCAUUGAUGAAACUCCUUUUCAAAUAUACAAUAUUAUCUAGACGAAAGGCAACAUUGAUUUAAGUGAUGAGAGACAGUUAAACACCUAUGCAACAAACUAUAGGGCAUAAAAGUUUACCCAUCCCUGGUGUUUGGUCUCUGAUUUUAGGCUGAACCUUUGACACUGAAAUACAUGUACAAUUUAACUUUUACUGCAAUGUGCCGCACUGAUACCUUUUCCAGAGAGUAAAAUUGCAUUUGUGUUGUUGUUCAAGCAGACUGAGGCUGAUUCUGGAGAAGAUACCAUGCCUUUGAAAAUUGGUGAGUUAUGGAAACCUUCUCCCCCCACCCUAUCCUCCCCAAACAAUAAUAUACAAAGGGAUAGCAAUGCAUGGAAAAUAUAUUAAACUUGUGCACAUGUAGAUCUCAGUGCAAGCCAGUCAGCAUUGAUUUGAGGGAUAGGGAUGAAGUAAAAUUAUUUGUUCUUAUAGAAAGUUUGGUUGAGAAAAUGCGAUGCUAAUAUUUAAAAAUGUCAAAAAGUUUAUGUGAAAUUGUGACUUGCUUUUCGGGGGGAAGAACUUUUUUUGUUUUUUUUGUUUGUUUAUUGUUGGUGGAAGACUAAUACUUUGUAAGUUGGGAAAUUUUGGUUUUUUUUUUCUAAAACCUCUUUCAGGAACCUUCUUGUUUGAGUCAUCUGCAACCACAUGUAGUACACAAUGGGCAACUUUCAGUUAAAAUCACGAUGAACUGAUCUUAGUGAUUGUUUUUUAUUUUCGGGUAGCUGUUUGCUCUGCCCUGACUGAGCUUGUUGUCAAUGACACUAAUGGACAGCAAAUUGUGCAGGUGAGGAGUGUAAACUGAAUGUUUUCUCUCAAAAGAAGCCAAAUCUUACCUUCUGAAUGAUUCAUCAACCACGAGGCUUGUUAGAAUUCUUUAACGUGUAACAGGAAUAUUACAGUUACAUCCGGAAGGGAUUCUUAUCCAUUGGCUCUCAACAUUCAGAGAGUAAUCACGUUUCUUCGAUUAUUUUCCGGUAUUCAGUUAUAUUACAAGGUGUAGAGAGUCGAAUGUCAAAGCAAUUAUUUUAGCCUAGGAAACACAACUCCACGACCCGACGAGAAUAAACUUGGACCUCUUCAUUCAAAGUCCAGAGAACAGGGUACCAGGCUACCGCAUCUUGCAUUGAAAGUGUGACAAAAACUCCAAAUACAUUAAUUACAGAGCACCCCUUAAAUAGCUUAUGCUUUUGUUUCAUGUAACACACUACAAACAACAAAGCGUGAGUCGGCAAAUACACAAAGCGUGUUAACCUUCUAAUUCAACUGCUUGCGUGCGAGUGGACACAGCAUACUAGCCUGUAACCUAGUGUGCAGGACGCAUGUUAACUAACGUAAAGCUAGAGUAAUAAUUGUAUGGUAAAUAUUCUCUCAUUAUUGCCGUAAUACUACUAGGUUAAUUAAACCGAAGCUCGUAUCGGUUUUGUUAUAGUUAUCAACUUCGGUAAUAUUUCCGCACAGCCCCAUACUACAUUAUGCAUUCAGUUCUUGAAUAGAGAAAACAAUGACAAAAACAAUACAUCGCCAUUGGGAAAACAGAUUUGUUUUACAAUAGUAUGGGGCUGUGCGGAAAUUUUACCCUUCAGUUACUUUGUUCAUGUGGAGAAGUGAUUUUUAAUGAUGUUUGUGGUAUCUAACCCAGUACCGGAACGAAUUCCGACGAUCGCCAAAAACAACCCAAGACGUCCAAGAUAUCAGGAAAUCGCCAUAGCAUAUAGCCUUAAACGGCCAAAACAUUUGAGUAAAAUUACAUUCUAUCGGAUGGCCAGAGCGAUAUCAAGGGGAUGGUAAACAAAACCAAAAACGAGAAAGAGUGUUGUUUUCCACAAUUCUUUGUUUCCGAGAACAUUGCGGAUAAUACAUCAAAUUUUGAUACAUUAGGACUCUCCCAUGACAUGUUAUCACUCUCAAAGAAUUAAAAGCAAUUAAAACUAGAGCACGUAACUAUAAGUAGAAAACAAUAAUAAGGGAGAGAUGACCGUUUCUAGCUGAUAAGAGACGGGUACCGUCAUAGAACAGACAGGUUUGCUGUACACAUAUUAUAUCUCAAAGCUUGAUUUUAAAGUACGUAUAAUUCUUUACUCUGUUUCAGUCAAACGGUAUUUACUUGCUGGGAUUACUUAUUCUGCCCCAAGAAACGUCUUCUUCUGAGGAAGCCGCAACUGUAGAACACCUUCAGGUAGGACGGACUGUUUUUGUGCCCUAUUACAAGUGCAAGUGUAGAUCGUAAGACAUUUUCAUCAACAUGCACAGUACUGUACUUGGAAAUCUUUGAUUAACUCGACUCACUUUUGUUGUAAAUUUUUUCUUCACAGAAAAGCGCAUUCAGGGCUUUGAGGUUGGUUCUCUUUCUUUCCUGUGUAUUGUCUUGUAGUUAGUGUGUAUACAUCAUCUCUCCUCAAGAAAAUCUUACUGUUCGAGCCUCAUUAGAUCCAACCGCAGGGAAUUUUUUUUCUUCAGUUUUAUUUGUAAAGUGCAGCGAAGGCAUAGUCAAGUUUCCUCAAGCUGCAUUUUAAAACCUCGUUUGCUUAUAUUCCCAACUUAGUCCGAAAUUUUGAUACAUAAUUCAUAUGUUAUGGGAACCACAUCGUCCUGCCCAGGAACAGAUUGGCAGCUAGUGUUAAGUUGUUUUGUUCCAAAAUAACGCUCUAUCACCUUCGUCUUUAGUGAGUUGUUGUGCUUAACUCUCUGCAGAUUCUUGUUUAGUAUGGAGCGAAAUCGUCAACUCUUCAAGAGGUGAGAUAUACUGUUUGAAUUUAGCCUAGCCCUAAGUUUACAUCGUGAGAGAUCGAGAAUUCUUGAAUAAGGGCAUGGCUUGGAAGUUUUGAAAAUCUUUACAUUGAUUUUCUUUUGAUUUACAGAUUGUUUCCCCCAGACCUCUUUGAGAAAUUUAUUGACGUCGGUCAUUACGUCAGGGAAUUAAAUGCCUACAAGUGCCUGGUUGACAAAAUUUCCACUUUGACGGUGAGGUUAUAGAGUUGUUUUUUGUGUGUUAUACAGAAAUCACUGAACGGUAUUAAUGAAUUACUCCGCUUGAUGAAUUUCUUUUUCACUAAGCAAGCGUUUGACAGAGCAGUCUCGAGUUCUAUUCGACCAGUGGACUGUAUUUGAAAAUCGUUUUGUUCCUUAAUUAACAUUUCCUGGAUAGUUCUCAACUUCUGGGAGCGGCAUAGAAAGAUAGAGAGGCAGGCUAACUUACAUCGAAAGGGAGAUUACCACUGUCAAAUAAACGUUUUUAAUCCAAAUAAAAUACUGCAGAUCACUAUUGUUCUUGAUUACUAUAAUUAUGCUGCGUUAGCAUUUUAAUUCUUCAAAUUUAGCCGAGUGAAAGGCUAAGCUGAUAUGAAUAGACUAACUUUUCAGCUCCAGGAAAAUUCAACUGUAUGAGUGAGGGUUUUACUUAUUAGAGUAGAUCAGAUUUGAAGGAUUGACAGGCCUACACAUACGUCGGACAGUCUGGUUCCAAUCGUCUGCAGUUUCCCCCUAACACUUCUCCGAUCAAGACAACAAGAAAUAAUGAGUCUUCAAUUUUGGUUUUUGUUUCCUAAAGGAGGAGGACAUUUCAGUGAUUAAAACCAAUGUUCAAGCUACCAAUCAGAACAAGGCUCCUAGUCAUUCCAUUGGUUCAUACGAGGUACUUGAACUUCUGGGAUCUGGUGCAUUUGGAAGUGUCUUUAAAGUAAGUUGACUCCAUUAGCUAAUUGAACGUGGGUCUUGUGUUUACAAAUGUGUGUUUACUCUACGAACACGUACAUCUGUGUAUUAAAGUACCCUCGCUUUUUUAGCGAAAUCCGUUGCUCAUCAUUUGAUCGCAUUAUCAUUUUUAUUUCAGGUUAGAAAGAAGAAUGCUGGUCAGAGCUUUCUAGCUAUGAAAGAGGUUUGGCUUUGUUUAUUACACUGGCCUAAAAACUUGUGCUUCCAACGUGUUAAAGAGACUUAAUAUGCGUCACUUCUUUUAUCUUGUAGUAUCAGAGAUGUUUCUCUGGAAAUUGUUUUAUGCUCUUGCUUCUUUGAGUUCUUUAAAUAUCCAUGGCAGUUUGUUUAGCGAUUUCGGUACCUAUCUGUAGAUGCGGAGAUUAAAUUAAAUUUUGUAAUUUUUAUUUUUAUAGAUGUCAGUUCAUAAUCCUGCUCUUGGAAAGACGGCUAAAGACAGAGGAAAGAGUGUUGGUGAAAUUGUCAAUGAAACAGCUAUCAUGAAAGAACAGGUAACUUAACUGUACUAUCAAUUUGUAUUCACUUCACACGAAUAACGAGAAAUCCGCGCAAUGUGUAGGCAAAUGUGACGAUAAGUUUACUCGCAAACCAGCGAGCUUAGAGCUGGGAGAACUGAAUGGACUUCUUAUCGUUUCUUACGACAACUUGAGUAAAGUCUCUAGAGUCUCGUAGAUUUUCCUGCUGCUUUUCCAAUUUGCAUUUAAAUCACAAGGCACUCUGCGCGAUCAGUAAAACAGUAUAGUAAAACCAGUUCAUUUUAAUUUCCUUUUGCCUUUCAGCUAAGACACCCAAAUGUUGUCAAGUACCACAAAGCUUUUCAAGAAAGUGAGUAGCUUUUCUUUGGUCAUAAAUUUAUUUUAAGCAACUAAACACCCAAAUACAAGAAAAACAAAUUGACGUUUGUCUAGUAUAUUGAUACCAUAACCCUUUUUAGCCCAGCAUCAGUAUGUAUACUCUUCAUACUGUUCUCUUUAUUUUUCCUACGGCGCUGACAAGGAGAAAUUGUUCGCCUAUCAAGAGCUCCUUUACUAGGCGAUCAUUUCCUUUUUUUCUUAAGACCCCUAUGUUUGAUUCACCAAUGAUACUGUAAGGAGAAAUUUGAUGUUAGUGACUCUCAGAGGUUAACGGCUUAACACUCUGAUAGCGCCAAGUAAUGUCAGAGAAGUUGGACGAUCUUACCGUUUCACUGUGCUGACCAUUUCUUCUUGUUUUAUACUUAUUACAGAGGACAAACUCUUCGUCAUAAUGGAAUUGGUCGAGGGCGCUCCUCUUGGCGAGCAUUUUAAUUCCUUGAAAGAAAAAGGGACCAAGUUUUCAGAGGAGAGAAUAUGGCAUAUCUUUAUACAGGUACAGAACUGUGCUUUUCCAUGAUGGUAUAAAAUUAUUUAAAGAUACAUUCAUAUAGGUCGAAUGCGUGUGUUCAUUGGCGUAUUCGUUCGUAUACUUUCUCAUUCCAUCCCUUUACCUUUUUAAAAUUGAUCUCUAAUUUAUUUUUCUCUCUUCUCUUUUUUUCUAGAUUGUUUUAGGACUUCGUUACAUUCACAAAGAAAAACACAUCGUCCACAGGGAUCUUACGCCAAACAACAUCAUGCUGGGAGAAAAUGAUAAAGUCACUAUAAGUCAGUGACUUUUGUUUUUGCCUUGUUUUGUCUUGCCAUGCUUCUUAAAUUAGAGCCUUUGUGGAAAAGUAAUGAUAAUUCAUAUUUUAUUCUUUACAGCCGAUUUCGGUUUAGCCAAGCAGAAGAAUCCUGAUGCAAGUAAAAUGACGUCGGUGGUUGGUACAAUGUUAUAUUCAUGGUAAGUAUAAGUCAUCAGUUUUUUUUUUGUUUGUUCUGACGAAAGUUUCGACGUCAUUGAUACUAAUUUUUCAAGUAUCUAUUUUCGAGAAAAUGGAAGCGGCACAUUCCGGCAUUCUUUAAAUCUGCGAUGUCGGAGAAUAUCAUCUUUCUAGGAACGUAUUUUCGGUUAUAUUUACCAUCUUAAAAGUUAAGACGUUAAAUCUCUUCAUUACUAAUUUUUGUUGUAACAUCACUUAAAAGUUAAUCGUAGUCAGCUGACUAGUGAUUCCUUGUACUUGCGAAAACUGGUGAAAAGGAGUGGAUGUGGAAACAAACCGUGAAAUACCUCCCAGAAUUUAUGCGAACAGAAUAUCCACAAGUGUAGACCGGCAUUGUUUCCAUGCAGAGUACUUUAUCUGGGUUCUGGUGAUAAUUGAGUUACUGAAUAUCUCUAUUCUCUGUUUUUAGUCCUGAGGUUGUUCAAAGCAAGCCUUACGGUGAAAAGGCGGACGUGUGGGCCUCAGGCUGUAUUCUGUAUCAAAUGGCAACUCUUCAACCUCCAUUUUACUCGUCAAACGUGUUAGCAUUAGCAAAAAAUGUACGUCGGCAAGUGCGUAAUAUUAGGAGACCUUUUUUAUUCAUUAGUUGGCACCUUCAGCGCUGAUUAACGAGUUGAGCUGAAGAAUCGCAACAAACGUUAAAAUAGUCAGGGGAACUCUAUUGAGGUUAAAUUUUACAUUUGUGUCAGUCAUAAUACAGUGGAACUUCUAUUCAUGGAGCACCCUUGAGUCAAGAGAAGUGCCCCUCAUUAGAGGUGUCCCAUCAGGUAACCCUACAAUGUAAUAUCUGCCGAUGUUGACCUGGUUCCUCUUCAAAAGUGACUAUAUUGUGACUGUUGCACGUGAACCGCUUUUCGACGAUGAAAAACUCAAAAUGAACAUGUCAAAAUAUCAACCAUGGACAGAUGCACUGCAUUACGUGUCACGGGUAAAUCACUUCGUUCUGGGUUUCAUUUUUUUUAUGACUUAUAACUUUAUUGUUAUCUUUCAAACACAGAUUGUAGAAGCUAAGUACAAGCCCAUACCUCCUGGAGAGUACUCGGACAAGCUGUCCGAGACUGUGACCAGGUCAGUGAUUGAAAGAGUAGAGUGACCAUUGGUGCAUAUUGCUUUGUAUGAAUUAUAAAAUCUUGUUGGCUGUGUAUACUUUUGAGAAUAGAUGGUUAGUUUGACCGUGCGAACACCUAGAGAAAUCUUUAGUUUUUUUUUUUUUUUUUUUCUUUUUUAUCGCUAUUUCUUGUAUCGAUGCGCGCAAAGCCGGAAGAUUAAUGUAAAGAAAGGUUGAUGGACGUAGCUCACUGUUACCGUGGUGGAGGAGUCUGGCUGAAAGCGGAGAGAAAAGGAAGUGGUCUUUUUAGGGGUUCGCAAGAGUGCAGUUAAUACCCAGAUCUUACUGUGGCUUUUUUGCUGCUGUUAACUUUGUUAUUGGGAAUGUCACUGUUGUUUUGGUUACUAAAGCGCGUUGGCUCACAUAACAUGCGUGCAUGAAGGGGUGCUGGAGAAUGGUUUGAAGUUUCGCGUGCGAGAAAGAAUUCCUUGCGCGCCUCUAACUCUUUCUUUGUUUUUCCCUCCGUGUAGGUGUCUAACACCCAAUCCUGAUGAAAGACCAGAUAUAAUUCAGGUAUGCUAUGGAACGUCACAAUCUCAUGAUAAGUGAUUGUUAACAUUUUUAAUCAAUUUUUAUAUUAUAGUGUUUAUAUUCAACGUUAUUUGUGUUUUGAGGGGAGAGAUCUCAGUCUUUGCACAGUCCGGAGCUGUGACACUUCAUUUUAUGUUCUUGCACUUCUGUUAUUCACUUAAAUUUUAAAGUGGUCUUUUUGUUCCAGGUUGCUGCCAUUAUCAGCGAAAUAAUGCUGGUGUAUGUGGACAAGUUGCGGUCCAAUGAGAUCAGCCUGGAAAAGAAACUGGAACGAGAAAGAAAAAGAACCCAGAGGUGUAUUUUUUUCUCAAGUAGACGGAUGUUUGUAUAGCGUUAAUAGACCUAUCUUCAGAUCGUUUGCCAUUUUGAAUAAGUUAUGUUUUACCUCUUAAGAACCUCAUAAUACUCUUCUGUGCUAAUUUACGGUAAUGAAAUGGCCGUCGUAGAAGGUCCGAUUUAAUCGAAAGAGUUGUCUUACCUUGCAGGCAUUAUAUCGAGGCAAAUCGUAAUAUGCAGAACUACCAUCGCCUUUUCUGGGCCUCACAAGAACGCUAUGACAAGCUGGUGAACCUGUCAAGUAGUGGAGGAGCCGCUGGCUUCAGGAACGUUGACGUCCCUGAAGGUUCUGACACCGUCUUUGAGGCAGCGAGUGCCCUAGCAGAGUUCAACAAGAAUGGCGUUCAUAAAAACGGCGAAACAGAGUUUGCGAACCAAGUGGAUUCUGGAAUUGACAUUGGAGGAGAAGCUCAAGCCAACGGAGUCCUGGGUUCCAGCACCAGAUCACCUGAACAAAAUGGUGGUACUAAACCUGAAAGUAGCUCGUCGCCAGGCUCAACGCGGCGGCAAAGGACUCUUAAGCCAGUUAUUACUGAUAAAUCUAGUUACAAAGGGAAUACUGAAAAAUCGUCCUCUUUAAAUAAAGACAAAGAUAAGCCCUUAUCGGGCGGUAGGGUAGGAAUAGAGAAACUGUCCAACAGUAGGACUAUCGUUGAGAAACCAGGCGCCAGUUCUUCCGCCACGAAUUCUCAUGUUUUUGCGGUACCGAAGCCCCCCGGACCACGGAAAGGCGCGAGGAGACAACUUCAUGUUGAUUUCGCGGUCGGCAGCAAGGUUUCCCCGUCAAAUGGUUCGAGUACUACAACAACAACACCUGUUGGCGGAAAUUCAUCUGGGAUUCCUGCUCCUGGGAUAAGUGAAUUUUCAUCGAGAAGGACACAUAGCAGGUUAGUGUGAAACAGAAAGCCUCGCGUUAAAGUUGAGGGUGGCAAAAGUAUGCCCAGUGGGAAUUUUUCAACUUAGAAGACAUCAGGGACGAACCGUUAGGAGGCGUGAUCAGCAAUAGCAAAGUAUACUUUUUGUAUGAGGUUAACUAAGGAUUGAGGUGGGUAAGUUUCUAAAGCAUAUUUGGUUCUGCGUCGGAGUGAGGUUUUACAAGAUAGUUACUUUUAUCAACUGGGUGGAUUAUGUCAAUUGACCAUCGUUGAGAGAUCCUAAAGCUGACGUUUCGAGCGUUAUCCCUUCGUCACAGUGAAUCCUAUUCCCUCUGAGGAAGGGCUGACACUCGAAACGUCAGCUUCAACGAGAGUGAACAAGAAAUAUUGCUUAUCCAAAAUGGACCUGAUUAUUAGAAAUAAAGUGUUUUUAAUGUCCUUCUGCUCGUUCCAUUUUAGCUCAUCCGUGGAAAUGUAUAGAAGACAGAGUAGUGGACAGUUGAAGGCACGACCUCGUAAGUAUAAUUUUGUUUAUCACUCGUAAAUGCUUUGGACUGAAAGCCGGAAGAUUACGUUUCAAAGAACUUUUUACAACAGAGCGCCUUUUAAUGUAAAUAUGUAAAUCUGUUUGUUUGUUUUAGCUACUGCCGCAGCCACUCUCAGCAUUUCUCCUCGCAAAGUGCGUCAAAUAAACGAUCCCAUCUCCCAGAUUCUCAACCAACUCCACAAGAUCAUCUUCAUAACGCAGGUUCGCGAUUAGUUUUUUAUCUUAUGUCGUUCCCCUGUAUUCGUCUAACCCGUGGGACAUCAGUAAACAGAAUUGAUCCUCGAAUAUCCAGCGUUAGUAUUGUUGUAAUGGGAUAAGUAGCCGAGAAGACAUUCGUUGCCGUUGCACUCUUAGUUCAAGGAAAGUUCAUCCUCGUAGCACUCUUUAUUUCUUACCUAGUUCACUUGUUAAUUUUUCAUUGCCGUUCCAGUUACCACCUACAUUAUCACCAAACCCACAGAGAAGAAUAGUCGAGCAGUUCAAGAGAGCUCUGUUUGCUCCUCAAAACAGCUCCUUCGUCAAUCUUAAAAGCGAGGUCAAGAAGGUAAGUUCCUUUUCGUCACCAGAGGUUCCUUGGAAUAUUUUAGAAUAUUUUAUAGUAGCAGUUUUUAAGAAACAAAUGUAACCUUUCGUAAGAUUUUGAUGGGUCAACGUUUGUUCCAUUUGUUUUCAUUUAUCGGAGAUGACAUUCCAAUAUGACCUAUUUGGUAUGCUACGGGUUUUAUCACUCUCUUUGGUAAAUGGACGUGAUACGUUAAGUCCUUGUGGUCAGCACGCAGGGCUUAACUGGAGAGGUCCCUGUUCCGCCCCAUUGGCCGCGUCUCUCCUGAGCAUGGUACCUCCCACUUAAUUAGUGGCAACCUCCAACCAAGAGUAUGAAAUAAAACGUAGGGGGGAGCAGGACGAGAUGCAGAAGGUGGGGGAAGGGGGUUAAAAUGCGAGAUACUAAUAUUCCAUCAUGCCAUUUGAACCGGAACAAUUUCUGAUAGUUUGGCCAAGAUAUACAUUUUUGACCUCUGUUAAGAAACACUUUGUAUGGUUACAUGACAGGUGAUUGAAGGGUCUAGAGAAGUUAUUGACCUGAAGUUCGGGUUUGGAGAUCCAGCAUUCCUGCAUCACCAGCUAGAUACCGCUGACAAGUUAGGUAGGUCCAGAGAGCAAAAUGUGGCAAGGUUACUGUGGGACAUAAACGCGAGUCAUUUUUUUUUUACUGUUGGUUUUGUGUUCUUAGUGAGUGGAGUUAACCUUGAAUCAGGCGACGCCCAAGAAAUUGGCAUAACAUACGAGAUGAUGCAGGUUUGUGAAGGUUCCUUGUGCUUUAAAUCUUGUCUCCAAGUUGUAAAGAAGAUGAAAGUCUUCGAGAAUUUUUUUUUCUUUUUUUUCGGCCCCAACCCCUUCAACUUCUACGAAAACUCGGAAGGAUUGAUAAAGGUAGAUGAUAAAGUUUUAAUUUCCAAUUUGUGUCGGUUUUCCCUAUCGAUCCUUAGUUAUCUUCGUUCUUAUAUUUUGAUUUCUCUGUUUGUUUUUGGUAUUUGUCUCCUGAAAUAAAGAUCAUUGAAGGUUUUAUUCAGUCCAUAUUGGCCAUCUGUUCUUAACCCUUUCACUCCUAAGAUCUUAUUAGUGAUUCUCCAAACUGUCUGCCAUGCAAUUUUUAUGAUGUUACUUCGGAGAAUUUGGUAUUGGAUCAGCUUAUAAUCCUCUAAUUGGUAUUUUUCUUAAUCCUCAUCACUUCUCAUCACACUUGUCAUUUGUUUUUUUUUUCCAAUUUCUGCUACAUCGUCGCUUAUCUUCUAAUUCUUUAAUUUUGAGGAAGUUUUAAGAUCUAAACUACGAUUGUUUUAUUGCAGAAUAUAAUCGAAAACGUUCUCAUGGAGAGUGGCUAUUAUGACAUGUCUCCUUGUGCAAGGUGGGUGAACAUAGUUGCAUUUUAAUCUAGAGAAAACUUGAAUUCACAGAAGGUUCGCACAGUUGGAAAGGUGAAUUAACUUCAUGUAGAAGGGUAAUUUUCAAUUUUGCUUAGCGUCAUUCUCUCAACUAAUCAGAUGAAAACUGGGUCACUGAGUUGGCUCCAGGCUGCUAAUUAGUGGCGACGAGCGAAGAACCGGGGCGAGCGAGUAAAAAAAAAGUCGGGAGUCAACUCCUUCUGUAAACCCAUCAAUUUUUUCGUCUCUCGCUCAUUCUGUCGUCUCCACUGACCGGCAGCCCGACAUAGGCUGUGUUCUCUCGUGCUUUUGUCACUAUGUUUUUCUUCAAGGUCUCUCUGGCUCUAUGUGGAAUUGAUGUUAUUGAUUGGUAGUUAUGAUCUCUUUAGUUUUAUUUUGACGUCCAUCAAUCAAAAUGCACUUUAUCGCACACCCAAAGCCCUCUUCCCUCUUAGCCAUGGCCCCCUGUUUUGAAACAGCAACAGGAAAAAAGUAAUAUAGAGCACAAAAGAGAGGAUGUGUCUUUUGUAUUCGCUCAUAUAUUUUGAUUUUUGUGUUUGACUUUGGAAAUGAAGUUCCUUAGCAUUACUUUCAUCUAAUACUAUUUGUAAUUGCACACAAUUUAUCUUUGCAAUCCCUUCGUUUUCCCCUCAGAAACCGAACGGUUCCUCUGGGUCCUAUUGGCACGGUGCCGGCAUCUGGUGUCAACUUAGGCCCCUCCAAGAGGAGUGGAACUUCCUAGUGUCGUAGUGAUUGUAAUCUUUCACAACAGCCACAAUGGCAGCAUGAUAUACACAGUCUUAACAUCUGUUUUUAAUGUGGAGUGUUAAUGCUCGAAAACACGGUGUGGGAUUUCUUUCAACAUUCAGAGAUGAAUUGAAGCUUUCAGAGACAGUGGUUUUUUCUAAGCCAUCUGGGAUGGGAAACGAGAUUCCUGUGGAUGUAAAUGUUUGUAAAAACGAACUUAAUUUAUUUUUUUAGCGAAAGUUUAUUUAAAUGCAGUCGAUGAAAAGGAAAAAAGGAGAGUUUAUCUAGACCGCACAUGUAAGUAAGUGUUUGCAUUGAUGUGUACCAAGAAUUUAGAGAAGACGAACUUUUUUGUAUAAUUGAAUAAUCGACCGCGAAUAAGCAGAGGCGUAAUGUAGUUUUAAUUAGGGAUCCUAAUUGGUGGAAAAUUUUACAUCACUGUCUCACCAGUCAGAUGAAAGGUUUAUGCUCAUCGUUUCUGGUUUUCAGUGCAAUUACUCAGCAUCGAGAGGUGCUCGCGCAACUUGGUUAUCUUUAUCACCUACCUUAUGAAAGGAUUCCCGUCAAAUUUGAUCGGCUGAGCGCGUUGCCGAGGACCAACAUUAAUUUUGUUUGUUUGGUGUGCAGUAAUAUCUUAGAACCAAAACAGUUCCCGAUACUUCAUGGUCGUGGAAUUCAAAUCCACGACCAAAGGAAAGACUUGCUCGAAGCUUCACAAUGACACAUGUUUGUUGUAAAUGACGUAUGUAAACGCUUCUCGUCAACUUCAGAAGUGGAUUUAGCUUGAGCCAGCGUAGUUAAUACCCUGGGGCACUGGAGGACCCUGGAGAAAUGUAGUGCUGAGGGGUAGGGGAUAGAGAACUGACUUUUUUCUCAACUUCCAGUGGCUUGCCGAGAGCUGAAUUGUUUCUCAACUUCCAAUAGCCUGCUGUGCAGGUAUAUUUGGUGAAUAAUUUUAGGUUGGUACUGUUAAUUACACUUCUCACCACCCUGUUAAAUCUCUUUAGAAAAGAAU